GGAAAAUUAAACUGUUAAAUUUCAAAUACCUGAGGAAUUAAAUGGUCCUUUCCCCCAAACCAUACAUGUGUUUCUUCCAAGUCCAUCCACUCAAUAAUACUAUAUAACAUAUCCUAACCACAUUUUUUGCUAUAAUCAUUUGUCUAAUUUUUUUUAUUCAUAGUCAUUUUUACCAAUUUCCCUAUAUCAAAAAGCCCUAAUUUGGCUUUGACGAUGACGAGCAAAUCCAACCUUUGCCAGGCUGUGAUAACAGACACUGGGCCACCACCGCGCAAGCGGAAGAUUGAAUUAACCGCCGCCGCACCUGAACCAGACAAAGACGGUUUAGCUCCUACAGCAGAUGAUGAAUCCUCUGACGAAGAAGAUUCAACUUUGAGCAGAGAGUACACUCGCCAACUUCGCGAGUCCGAUGGAUUCGAUGUUGACGUAACUAUUCCAGUUGAGUCAUUCUCUAUGCACAAAAUGAAAAAGAACGAAACAGGUUACUUUCGCGACCUGACUGACAUUUAUGCUAGACUUGGACUCCACUGCUACAAUUCCCCCAAGGGCACCAACUUCCAGCUGUCAAGAGUAGACAAAUUCGUUAACUAUGGAAUUUUCCAUUAUUACAUAACCUUGGAGGCCACGGAUCCGGCAGUCGACGGUUCCUGUUUCACUUUCCAGGCGAGUCUUUUUAGAGAUAACCCUGUAAAUGAAGCAGGCUUCAGAAUGAUGACCGAAGGUUGUAGGAUUAAACCUGAAACUCCAGGUACUGGAGAAGUCAUAAGUCAAUGGGGGUACAAUGAUGGAAUUGAUGAAGUUUACAAAGGCGGUCUCCCUGAUUGGUAUUCGGAUGAUGCAUUGAUGCCACCCAAUGACCAGUUUUAUCAAGUGCAAGAUUCAGAUAUUCUUGAAAACGACUGGCUUAAUUUGUAUGCCGAAGUUGCCAUGUACGCGCUGCAGGAAAACGACAGCAUGUCCUUGUUCGAGUCUUGGCUGCCUCUGGAGAUCAAUAAGGUCGUUGUGCAGACUUUUGAAGAUGUGAAGUCAAAGGAAAAGCUCAAGGCCAGGAAUGCAAUCUUCUACUUCAGUUUCAAGAACCUGAAUGCUCCUCCUCAUGGUCUGUGCCAGGAUCACAGAGUCAUCAUAAGAAGAAGCACUGAUGGGCUUCCAGGACACAUUUGUCUUGACAUUAACUCUUGCACUGGUCGUAAUAUUUUUAAAUAAAGUUUACUCUCAGACAUAUAUGUUUGCUACUCUUAUGUUAAUAAGACUACUCAGAAUCGAUAAGACUGAAUAUUCAUCUCCUCUGUUUUUCGUUUGUUUGGUGUUUCAGUUUAAUCCAGUACUUAAUAACUAAUCUGUUAUGUCUUAAGUUUGUUACUAA